UCCCUGCGCGAACAAUGAUCGCUAUUCAUGUGGGCCUUGUAUUCCUCAAAGCUUCGCUCUUCCUGUUCGAGCUGUUGAGAAGAUCUGGAUUUGAACUUCACCAGUGUGGCGUCUUCGCUCCCUAAAGCCGACGCUCCCUGAAGCCUCCGCUUGAUUCUUUGCCUCAGCGCCACGCGUGCGAUGCCGGUGCGCGACUCCCGGCCAUGUGACUCUGCGUCAGGAUCAUCACCAAGCGUGAACAGUGCAGGCAGCUCUAACAGCGUGAUCGGCAUCAACUCAGGCUACAGUAACAACAUGAUGGAGCAUCUGUCUUCUGAGGAGCGAGAAUGUCUCAUGUUCCUGGAGGAAACCAUUGAGUCUUUGGAAACGGAGAACUACGGCGGCGUGUCAAACGGUGGACCGGCCCGUCCGUCUCAAUAUCAGAACAAUAAGAUGGCUCACCUUAACUCUGUUAGGCCAGUUAAGCCAGAGGAGCUAUCAGUCCAUGAGGAUCCCAAUAAAGUUCUUGGAAAAGAUCAUAAACCACACAAAUUGCUUGUUCCAACUCCACUAGUUUUAGCCAAUGGCAAUGCUAAAUUACUAAAAAAAUCAGAUUUCUCCACUAUUGAACCAAAGCCAGCUAUACAGAUUAGCACACCUAAAUCCCCUGCCAUAAACUCUCUUGGAAGUCCUGGGAGACACGAACCAAAUCCUUACGCCUCCAGUCAGCUGACUGACUUGCCACCUUCGUUUAUUCCCGAGCCUCCAGUCAAACACGGUGCUACAGCCAAAGACAUCUCUCCUAAGAUAUAUCUUGAUCCAAAGACAGGCCAAAAGCCCAAGAGCCUUUCACCAGAUUUGCAAAUGGAGCUGCUUCCUCCUCCCUCAGACUUUAUGGAUGAGCCAGUACUCCUUCCACCAGUACACACCCUGCCCUCGGGACAAAGCCAAACUCAAACACGAAUCUCUGCGCAACCUACAUCCCAAUUGCCUCUAACACCACCGCCUGCACAGUUAUCCCCAAAUGAACUGGACAAUUUACGUAAAAAGGCAUCUCAGAAAAAAGCUCCUGAAAAAGUCCUAUUAGGUCUCCCAAAUUCUUCAAAUUUUGGCGAAGAUACCACUGUAGUGGACUCCGGAGAACCUAAAAGCCCACCAGUUGUGGCCCCCAAACCCAAAAAACUGCCUUCUAGCAUUGUUUUAAAAAACCACAAAGAACCCACACCGGUUCAUUCCCUUGUUUCGCCUGGUGAUCGUAUGAUAGUCAACCAACAGAAGGUUCACCUGGAAGCCCUGAAGAAACUUGGCUUGCUGAAGGGUGAUGAGACCAACAGUCAACCACACAAGGCCUCCUCACCUCCGACAUCCUUUAACACAAGUCCUUCUGCAGCAUCAUAUUCUGCAGAACUUACUGCUAAUCCUGUGCUUGUGCAUGCUGACCACCAUGGAGUAGCUGAGGCACAAGGAAAAACUAAUUUUACAUUUCCAAGCAUACUUCCUGAAAAAGAAAGUGAAAACCUGUUGAUCACAAGGACACAGAGUUCAAAGCCUUUUGAAAUGAAAUCCGCGUCCUUGGAACGAUCGGGUGUAGGUCUAAAAAGCCUUACGCUCGAGAAGCACUCACAGUUAACAAGCCAGGAACAGAGUCCCGAGAAUGAGCCAGUUUCACUAGGACAUCUGAGAAAUACCCGACCUCGACCUUCUUCUGCAGGUAACUGGAAGGACCUUAAUAUUGACCCGAUACCUCCUGAAUCGACCAGACAACCCGACCUCAGGAGAUCUCUGCCCGUGCCUGUUCCAUUACCAACGCAGCCAAAAGUCGAGCCACCAAAGUCUCUUCGAUCACAUGGCAUCAGCGUAGUUAUCUCCCCACAGAGUAACAACGACGCGGACCGCAAGCAGGCUCUGAAGAGAUUGGGACUGAUCAAAAACUAAGGUUAAAAUGGUUUCACAGAAGACUUUCUGGUCAAUAUGGUGCCCCAAAGCAGGAGUGCUGAUUCAGGAUGAGUCUUUUUUUUUUUAUUAUUAUUAUUAAUCAUUAGACUGGAAUGGGGAGGCAGUACUUUAGAAACAAGGUUUCCAAUCUUGGUCUUGGAGAACUCUCUGUCCUGCUGCUGUGGAGGACAGGGGGAUCUCCAGGAUGAGGGUCUCCAGGCUUAGCUUGUCCUGUAAAAUGGAAUUACAGAUUAGCUGUAAAGAAGAAUCCACAAAUGAACUACGUAAUUCAUAUACAUCCAUAUUUGUAUGUAUACUGGGCAUUUAGGAAAGGAGCAACAAGAGAUUCUCUGCAUUUUUUGGCAUUCUGGUUCUUUUUUUUUUUCUUUUUUUACUUUGGUGGAUAAGUGUAAUAUUUAGCAAAUAUAGACAUUUAGACAUUAAUUGUGGAGAAAUUGUGAUUCUAUUAUUGUGUCUGCUGCUAUAUUGUUUUAGCUGAAGGAUUUGUUUGGAAAAGUGAAGGAUGGUUAGAAAUAUCUUUACUGACAGGCAUAGUUAUAGGUGCUGCCAUUAGUGGACAUUACUUACUCUUCUAGUAAGCAAGUUUCCCUAC